AUGACAACCCAACCAGUGGUCAGUACAAUCAAGGGCUCUAACAGCGCUCACAGCAGCAACGGUAGUAGAUGCAGUAGCGAUAUCGGCCUGCCUCCAGAUUAUGACUGCGACCUGAACGACGAAGACGGUACAACAGACGAGCCAGACCCUGACCCAGACCUCCGCCGCCGUCGCCGUCAUACCCAGCCUCAGCUGAUCCGUUCGCCUUCUCUUUUUCAUCCACUUCCUCUUCCAACAAAACAAGAAAACCAAAUCCAAGCACCCGAGAUGAACUGUUCUGUUGAUGAUGAGGACCCGUUUAAGAAGUUGGGUUUGAAACCCUACAGUCCCAUCUGGUUACCCUCGAGGACCCCCUCUUUCGAAACGAUGCGACAGCGAUCUUAUAGUCCCAACCCUCGUCACGGGAUGAACAUCCGUCCCUCGCCGGUUCACGAUGGUGAUGAUGUUAUCGGUAAGGACGAUCGAGAUAUCCUCGGAUUCGAUCUGCACGAACCCUUCAAGGAAGAAGACAAGUCGAAUAAGAAGAAUCUGACAACCGCUGCUGGCAAAGAGAGACAAGAACCCGGGUCCAGCCGUCUCUACGAAAGGUUCGGUAGCAUAAAGAAGCGAUCCUCUCCGCUCCUGCCUGACCACUAUGACGAUCUCGAAGACUACGACGCCGAGGAAGUAAACUUCCAGAUGGCCGAUGCCAAGACCAGUUGCAUGUCGACGACAAAGCGACCCAGACGUGACCACGCACAAGACCAAAGUCAGGUGGGUUCCACCACACCCGGGAUGGAUUCCAACCUGGCAACGGUGGCGAUGGCGAUGAGGGGAACAACCGAUGUCAACAUGAAAGAGUGUUCAUUGGACGAAGGCGAGGACGUGGUCGCGGUUUUGGUCGUGGGCGAGGACGAGGACGAGGAGGCUAUGAUAAUGCUGAAUUCUACAAUCGAUACCACUUCCCUCCUCGCCAAGGUGGCAGCCAUGGAAUGA